AUGCAACCACGAGCCGAACAGCUUCGAGAAAACAACACCCAGCUCCGCCCCCCCUUCCCCUCCACCCACAACGCGCAUCGCGUCUCGUCGCCGUUGCCCCGCGCCACCAUGUUCUCGCCGGACGCUUCCUUCCACGGCGUGCAUGGCACCGUGUCGCGCAACCCCAGGCGCCGGCAACGUCACGAUUCUGACAGCGCAAAGCACCAGCCCGACCGUAAGCGCAGCAAAAUCUCGGAACCCACCGUGGUCGACUCGGAAAGCCCUGCGGUCAACGGCAAUGGCUCGUCAACAUUGAACGGACACCCUGUGAACGGAGACGAGAAGCGGCGGUCAGCGUUGCGACACGAGAUGCCGGUGCGCGAGAAGAAGCAUUCGGGGGCGCCCACAAGAAGCGUGAAGGGCGACGGCAGCAUCACUUUGACCAACUCUCCCAACUACAGCUUCAAACAGCUCCCCAGUUUACCCGAAGCUUUGCGCUCGAAUCCUCGCGAAAACCACCGCGUGUUCGUGUUGUCCUCAACACGUUUUGCCGUAGCGUUUACCCAUGAGCACGCCUACGUUUGGGAUUACACAACACCCGUUCCCACCCCCUCCUCGUCCCGAACCCUCGCUUUACCGUAUCCUCUGAAGCGAUCCGAGCCCCUCCCUGUAGGCUCGCUUGUAAACACAGGCCCUUCCGGCGACUUAGGCCUGCUUGUAGUCCACCCAACGUCCGGAAAAAUCAAAUUCUGGGAAAAUGUAGACAGCGCAGAAGCCCUUGGCUUGUUCCAGCAGCGCCGCCAAGGCAUCGAGGGCUCCGUUGGCAGCUUACUCUCCGGAGAAACGGUAGUGGACAUUGUCGAUGCCGAACACGCGGGAUUCAUAUUGGUCUUCAGCACCGGUCGAGUGGCGCAGCUGAGGGUCCGCGACUCCCAAGGACGACCGCAGAUAAGCGUGCAAUUCUUGCGCAGCCAGCCGCAAAAUGGCUCCACAAGCUUCUUUGGAAACCUGAGCAGCUUCUUUUCUGGGUCGGGAUGGAACAGGGAUGUAGCGGCGGUGAAAGUCCGUCCAUCUCAGCUCAAGGGCCAGUUAGAGGUGGUGGUGGCUACAGGUUCUGGUUCUUUCCAGGUCUGGGAUUUGAACUGGGCUGGCCAGCACGCUCUCAAGGAAGAGAUUGAUGCCCAGGAGGACAUCGUUGCGUCAUUCCAAACUGGAGUAAUCCCGGAGAUGAGAGGCAACGGCAUGUCUGCCAGAGUACUGGACUUCACCAUACUAAGCGAACCAAAGACCCAAGGAUUCGAAGACGCAGGCUCGGCCGGUAUUGGACUUUUGGCACUUGUUGCUUUAUCCGGACGGGCCGGCACCAGCUAUGGUCUUGUGGAGGUGGACCUCUUUGGAAGCGCGGCCAAGGUGGCGAGGAUGAUAGCGCUUGACAAGUUCGCUGGAAACUCGAUGCAGCAAGGGCCAGAAACAGGCAAACUUUUGGUUCCAUCUCCAGGUCACACAGCCUUCGCGGUCUUCAGCAACGCCGUCGUAAUUACGUCCUUGGUUGAGCCUAAUGAGUCGCCCGACGCUCAGCUAAUGGUCGACGUUGGGACUGCGCCUAAACCUUUCCAAGAUGUGAUAUACUUCCGCAGGGAGAAGAACGUGCGCUUUGUCGGCUACACAUUGGAGGAGUCUACCCGGAAGACGAAGCAGUCCAGCUGUGUGCUGUUCACUCAAGGAAUUGGAGCUAUCCGAGUAGCAGCUCCCCCACCAAGCUUGGAUGGUAAAGACCCUGAGCGCCUGCGCCCCACGGCAAAGAGCCGAAUCUCUCAGGCGAUAUGGUUUGGCAGCUCUUCGGAAAGCAUAUUCGAUUUCUCAGCCAAGCCUGAACUCACAUUUGAAAGCCAAGAGGUUGACACGGCAGUACUUGAUAUCAGCAGGGAAGUUCUCGACUCAAGCUCUGAAAACAUCCCAGUUGGGUUAGCAUCGCAGACCCAGCAGCUUGCUCUCAGGGCGGGGGCCUUGGCCAACCUUGCAAGGCAUGUGAAGGAGAACUACCCGCCGUUGAUGCGCGCAACAAAGUGGCAGUUGCUCUGGGAUGCUGAGAAAUUGGCAUCUGCUCAAGGAGUCUGGGAUCAUUACGAGAGCCGCCUGAAAAUCAAGUCCCCCCACAACCCUUUGCUGGACGAGAUCGUCGACAUGCUCCACGAGAAGCAUAAAUCUGAAUUAAGGCCGGAGCUUGGGGAGCUCGAUCCUGUUCGACAGUGGUUCGUCAAGGACGUGUCAAAGAUGCACAUCAUGAUCCCGUGGACUCAGCUCUCAGUAAGGGAGAUCUACAAGGAAGGAAUCAAAGACUACAGAACAUUGAUUCUGCUAGUCAGCGAGGCUGAUGACAUUUGCCUCAACGCGCUGGAGAAGGCAUUCAUUUUCCGACGGGAUCACCUGUUCGACUAUGGCUUGGAAGCGGAAGAGCUCGAUUACAACAUCCUCACCGUUGGAUACGAGGGAUUACCGCUGCCUUGGACAUCCAACCCCAACAUCGUCAACUCGAUCCGGGCGCUCGUGGACUUGGCAAGGGAGAUGGUCUGGCAAAUCUCCGAGGAUGAGGGUGAGCUACCCUUCUCUAAGAAGGUUGCAGGCGAUAAUCCACGCCUUGUCAAGCUGAGCUGCCAGGUCCACAUGGAGCGCUAUCGCUGGUGUCUUGCGCAACCCGAUGAUAGGACUCGCGCCACGGGCCAAGCGCUCAGGCAAGAGUUCGAAAACAACAUUCGUUACGAACAAGUCACCUCCCUUGCCAAGGUCGGGAUGGCAGAGAGCGGCAUGAUCAUUGCCGAACGCCUCAAGGAUAUGCGGAGUCUGGUACAUCUUGUGUGGGAUGAACUCGACUACCUCGGGGAUGAGCGUGACAACACCGAGAAUGAGGAAGAAGAGCGUCACUUUGAGAACUCCUUGAAGAAACUCGAGGCCCGUAUUCGCGACUAUUUCGAGAGAUUUGGUCAGGCUUGGGCGGAUGCUCUAUUCACCAGCCACAUCCAGCUGCACAAAUCCGCCAUGAUGAUUGACAAGCGCGGUGUUGGACAAGAGCUCCUCACAAAAUUCUUACGGUCGGAUCCUGCUUAUGCGAAGCUGAGCUGGGUGAAUGAUGUCCUCGGAGAAAACGACUUUGCCACUGCCAGCAACUCCCUCAUGAUGGUAGGUGCCCAGCAAGAGACUCGCGAUUGGAGCAAGAAAGUGGAGGUAUCGCUCGCAAAGCUUUCGCUUCUGGCCGCCACAUCUGGAGACAAAGCGGAAGCCAUUGAGAGCACCGAUGCUACCAAUGCAAGGCUUAACCAGUGCAACAGCGAGUUGCGGCUUCUCGAGCUACAAGAGAAGGUGUAUAAGCACCUCAAGCCAACGAUCGACGGAGCGCUUGACGAUGAUUCAGCCAUCGAUCUAGUCAUGAUGGACUACGGAACUCUUUUUGUCAAAGACAGGCCUGCUCUUCAACAGCUGCUGAAACGCGGCUUCGAGGAGAUCAUCGCACACCGCGUGUUGGAUGCUGGCUUGCUCAUCGAUGUCCUUACGCUUAUGGAUCACGCACAGCACGAGCCGGGCCCCCAAGACAUCAGCGGACGCCAGAACUUCAUGGCAUUCCAGGCUCUGGCUGCGGCACAUGGUGUUUUGGAUCCGGUCACUUGGGAGGCAAGCCUGAAGCUCGCUUGGAAGAGAACGUUUCUCUGCGACGACUGGCAGGCUAUUAACAACACGUCGCAGCGGGCGGAUGAGCAGGUGCAGUUGGCGCUGGAGAAUACGUUGGUUUAUUGGACCCUGAAGCAGGGUUACCAAACUGGUCUCUGGGACGCCAAUCCCAAACUGCACCUACUCUCUCCGUUGGAUGUGCGUGAGGCUGGAUGCCAGGCCGAAGAGCUUCAAUCGCGAUUCCCUUCGGAGGACUUGCGAGACCCAAUCAUCAAGGACAACAUCAAGGAUGAUGACGAUCUAGUGGGCUUCCUGGAUACUUGUCGCCUGGUUUACUGGUACGGAUCGAUCAAGGAGCUCGCCAAAAGGCAGGCGUUUGACGAUGUGGAGUUGGAUGCGCAGGGGCCAGGGCUCAGCUUGCAGGUCGUGGAGGAAGACAUGGACGUGACGCCGCGUGCUAAGGCGCGGGUCAAUGGGGGUAUGGAGUCGGUGGAAGAGGAGCCAGAGGAAGAAGAGGCAGCGACCAUGGAAGACUCAGACGCGGUGCUGCAGUCGGGAGGCUUCGAGGGCGACGACGAAGAGAGCGAGGUUGAAGGUGAGCCGAUGGAGGAAUGA